GGUGCAGGGUGAAGGCCGUCCCCGGGGGCUUCCAGAUGGACUCUGGAACUGAGGGCUCAGAGCCCCGCAGCUCAUCCGUGCGACACCCCACUGACCGGCCGCCCUGCCACCAGAACUCGUUCCCAGAAAGCGGCUCAGAUGUGGAGGAGAAAGCCCUGGAAGGGAAAGAGGAGACGUUACUGUCGCCGUUGAGAGAGAGCCGCACCCAAAGGCGAGGUAGGAAGCCCAAGACAGAGGAGGAGGAUCCCAGGGAAAGUGAGCCCAAAAGGGACAGCUGCAUUUCCGGAUCAGAAUCGGAAGGCUGCUCCAGUUGGGAGGGCUCCGGCAAGAGGCAAGUCACUUCCAGCGACAGCACCUGCCCCCCGGCAGCAGGGGCCUCUCCAGCAGGUGAGCGCAGUGUGACUCCGGGAAAGAGGAAGCGGACGACGCCGGACUCGGGCCAGGGCAGCGAGAGCGAGGAGACCGCGGGUGCCCAGCGCAGGAGACGCGGGGCGCGGGGCGCCGGGCGCGGCCGGCGGAGCAGGCGCAGGUCCCCGGGAGACCGGCCGCCCCCACUUCGGAAGAGGCUGGUGACCGCCGUGCGCGCCCUGUCUGAGGCCGUCCGUCAGGACGUGGCUGGGGCGUGGGAGCAGCGGGAGCGUUCCCCGCUGACCUGGGAGCAGCGCUCGGGGCUCGGGCGGCUCUGGGCGCCUCUGUGCGCGGCCUUGCAGACCGUCUACACCAUGGCCAACCAGGCGGCCUACGUCUUCCCUGCAGAGAGCUGGCUCGUCCCAGCCCCGCCGCCGGGCCCCCGGGCUCCAGCUGGGGAUACAGGAGAAGCCCGGGGCUCCCCCCGCGAGGGACACGGGGCCUCCCCGCCCGGGGUCGGGAGCGAGGCCGCCCGCGCCGGGGAAGGCACCCGCGCUGCCGCAGAGCUGCGCGCGCAGCCCCCGGGGUGAGACCAAGGCCCUGCUACCGCCCACACUGCGGGUACCGCGCGUGUCAGACUUGGGGCGCUCGGAGCAAAGGCACUGCGGACACCGAGUGCGGAGCUGACGAGCUCGUGUCCGAUUUCGUGUUAGGCACUGUAGUGUGUUUUGAGGGUCUUAGGACGGCCCAGCAUUAUUUCAUGAUGAGAACAGGUAUCGGGCUGUAAUUCCUCUGUUGUUGCCAACGUCUCGCCAAGUAAACAUACUUCUCUCCUCCCCUUUGAUCCGAAAAGGCGCUAAGUCUUGGGUCCCCUGCCUCCAGUCUUGGAGGACUGAAGCCACAGGCCUGGGGGAGCAUCUAUGUGGAGGGAUGGUUGUACUGUUCCGUUUGGUGGAGUCACCAUGUCGGUUUGUCCUUCGCUUUUCAGUUACUCUAUAUGAAACCCGGUUCAAGAUACAUUAGUGUUAUUGACCGUAUGUGCUUAUUCUCACAGCUGGCUCAUAUGCCAAAUUUUAAGUUUUCUUCUAUUUUGCAGAUUUCAAGUUAUCCUAUUUAUGAGAGGAUAUUUAAGAUAGAUGCUGUCAUUUUAUAUAUAUUUUAUGUACUUUCCAAUUUGCAUUUUACACUGGGAUCAUGUAGUCUUUCAUCUGUAAAUGUGCAGAAUUUUAUGUAAGCAAAAUAAACCUUUUUCCGUAU